GCCUCGCCCAGCUCCACCACCUCGAGUCCUCAUCAGACCUCAGCUCGCCACCGCCGCCGCCGACCUGCAGCCUCCGUUCGUCGUCGACGCGCAGGCCGGCGCUUGACUGGGACGAUCGACGGGCGAAGCUGACGCGCAUGGCGGGCUACGGCGGCAACGACGGCGUCGACCUCACCGAGCUUACGCUGGGCCCGCCCGGCGUCAGCGCGCGCAAGGCGAGGCGGGCCAGGAAGAACGGGCAGCCGCCGUCGUCGUCCGCCAGCAGCACGCAGGCGUUCGUGAAGGUGAGCAUGGACGGCACGCCGUACCUGAGGAAGGUGGACGUCGCGGCCUACGAUGACUACGGCGAGCUCGUGGAGGCGCUCAACGAGAUGUUCUGCUGCUGCUCCAUCGGGCUGAUGGACGGGUACGGCGAGUGGGAGCACGCCGUGGUGUACGAGGACGGCGACGGCGACUGGAUGCUCGUCGGCGACGUGCCGUGGGAGAUGUUCGUGUCCUCGUGCAAGAGGAUGCGAGUGAUGCGAUCGUGCGAGGCGAGAGGGCUGAGCUCGAACGCGUGACAGGGACGCCUGCCGCGCCGCACGACGUCGAGAUCAGAACGGCAGAUUGAGAACCUGUAGGCAUCACGCAUUCACGCAUCCGAACUGAACUCUCACUGUCGCACAUAGCUCAAGUGGCCCCCAAGCUGACGAAGGCGAUGACGCAAAUCUGAACGAAGCAAUGCAAGUACGAUUCCAUCUACGGAAAGAAAGACUGCAAGUGGAGAAUAAAUGUUAGUAGUUGACGCCGCCAGAACCGUACGAUCUCCCCCCGCUUGCCGCUCCUCGCACGAACCGGAUACGGUUGACUUCCCUUCCCUGCGAUCAAAAUACUCUAGCAGCUCUGAAUCUGAUAGUGCUCCUGCCUACGGAUCACUCCUAACAAACACCUACUGCCACUCAAGCUUGUCUGAGAUUGCUGUCCUUGUUUCCUUUUUGGGUCGUUUCGGCUGUACCUGUUGUACUAUGUCACAUGUCCAUUAAUCAAGGGUCGUUAAUUGACCUCCAAAUUUUGAUACGA